AUGAAGAGGACGCUGGUACUGGCCCUAGCCAUCCUAGCCUUGUUAAAUCAGGCAAUCCUGGUAAAAUGCGCAUCCGUGUUGGGCAUAGAUUUUGGAAAUGAGUUCAUAAAGGUGUCCAUUGUGUCGCCUGGAAAAGGUUUCAACAUUUUAUUGAACAACCAAAGUAAGAGAAAAAUAACGAAUGCAAUAUCGUUCAGUAGCAAAGUGAGGACCUUUGACGAAGAAGCCAAAAUAUACAGCGGAAAACACCCACACCUAACUAUCCACAAUGGGAACAACUAUUUAGCCUACAACAUAUUUAAUGCAUUGAAAAACAAAGAAAAUUUUAAUGUAGAAAAUUAUGAUGAGAGUACUGAAGCUUUUUACGCAGAUGUGAAUAAUUACCAAUUUCACAAAGAGGAUGAUGCCACGACUAAAUAUUUUGACUACGAUUAUGUUGUAGAUCACAAGAGAGGAACCAUCAGUUUAAAAUUAAAAAAUGAUAUGGUUCUGUCGUCGGAAGAAAUUACAGCCAAUAUAUUGGGCUACAUAAAAAAGCUGGCAUACAAUCAUCUCAAUGUGGAUUAUAAAACGAAGAGGGCAGUAAAUGUACAUAUCGGAUGUGUGAUAUCCAUUCCGUGUAAUUAUCCUCAGAGAAAGAAAGAGGCUCUUCUGAAUGCAACAAAAAUAGCAGGGCUAGAAUUACUAGGGUUAGUGAAUGGAGUAACAGCUGCUGCUAUACACAAUGUGCAUGACUUACCUUUGAACACAACCAAAUUAACCAUGUACUUGGAUGUGGGAAGCAAAAAUAUCAAUGUGGGAAUAGCAACGAUUAGCCAUGUAGAGAUUGAUAAAGUGCGAACUAGAAGUGUUAAGAUGUAUGCAUGUGAAGCGAUAGAAAAUAAAUCAGGAAAUCAAAUUGAUGUCAUGUUAGCUGAACAUUUGAGGAAGAAAUUUGAAGAAAAAUAUAACCUGUCCAUUUAUGACGAUAGGAAAGCCAUGCGCAAAUUAGUCCUGGCAGCUAAUAAAGCAAAAUUAUUGUUAAGCGCUAAGAAGUCCACGGAUGUUUUUAUAGAAAGCUUGUACAAAAAUAAAAGUUUGGUAGAAACAGUUACUAGACAAGAAUUCGAACAUUUAAUUGAAGAAGUCAUUUUAAAUUUUAAAGUCCCAAUUAAUAAUGCCCUUAAGAAAGCUUCCUUCGAGUUGAAAGAUAUUGAAGCUUUAGAAUUGAUUGGCGCUGCAUGGAGAGUUCCCAAAGUAUUAAAUGAAAUCACCGCCUUUUUUAAUCCCCUAACUGUUGGUAUGCAUCUCAACAGUGACGAAGCAGUCACCAUGGGAAGCCUGUACAUUGCUGCCUACAACAGUGCAAAUUUCCGUUUGAAAGAUUUGAACUACACAGAUAUUUUAUCUAAUGAAUAUCACAUAGUAGUUGGAGACGGUAAAGAAAACCAAACAUCCGAUGAUCAAAAUACCCCCAAGGAAAUUAUUGCAUAUAACUCCAGAUACCCUCUUACAAAAAGCGUCAUAUUAAAAUAUAGGGAAAAUGUAAAAUUUACCAUUUUGGAAAAUGGAAAGGUACUGAAUGAAUAUUCUGUGAACCCUAUUGAUGAGGCGACGAAGAAAAAGUACGAAAAUUUCGGCCCUCCUAAACUGAGCCUCUCGUUUCAGCUGGAUAAGUUCGGAAUUUUGACCCUGGAAAAUGUUUUUGUCGUUUAUGAGGAGGAGAAGAAGGUAGAGGGUAGCGAAGAGACGGCCUAUGGGCAGGACAAAAAGGAAAACUCCAAUACAGAAACGAGUGAAGAGGCAUCUGGGGAGGUGAACCUCGAUGCCACUGAGGCGGGGGAAGCCACGGAUAAAGAUGCGAAGGACAAAGAGGGCACAAAAACGGAUGGAAAAAAACCCCAAGUGGUGAAGCAUUCAGUGAAGAUGACCUACCAAGUGAGAAACAUAAAGCCUGCCCCCCUGACCAACGAAGAAGUGAACGAAAAGAAGGACAUUUUAAAGAAGAUGGACGAACAUGAUAUUGACAUAUUCCUCAAAUCGGAGAGAAAGAACAAACUUGAAUCUUUUAUUUACGAGUCCAGAAGCAAAAUGAAGCAGGACAUAUUCAAGCAGGUGUGCAAAGAAGAUACUCGCACAGAUUACCUAAACAAAUUAGAGGAAUAUGAAGAGUGGCUUUACACUGAAAAUGAUGAACCCCUAGAAAAUGUAAGUAACAAAAUAAGAGAGUUGGAAGAUAUCUAUUUACCUAUUAAGGAAAGAGCGGAAGAAUUACAAGUCAGGGAAAAGCUAAUCCAGGACACGAACGCGAAAAUUAAGGAAAUGCAACAAAAAGUGUUAGAGUAUACAGAAGCCAAACCAUGGGCCGAAGAAACCAUUAAAGUGGUGAGAGAUUCAUUGGAGAAAGCAGUAGAGUGGUGGAAGAAUGCACAGGAAGAACAAAAAAAAUUAGAUAAUUAUUCUGCUCCAUUCUUUAAAGCCAAAGAAGUAGAGUUGAAAUUUAAGGCCAUCAAUGUGUUAGUCAAAAGUUUGGAGGAAAUUAAAAAACCUGCCGAAAAGAAAGACAAAAAAGGGGAACAAAAUGCUGGAUCCAGCGCGGACGAUAAGAAAAAGGGUCCCAACGAUGAUCAGCAAAGCAAGGAUGGAUCACAGAGUGAAAACUCAAAUGAGAACAAGGGAAGUACCGAAGACAGUUCCAACGAAAGCAAGGAUGGAGGAGCUUCCCAAGGUGAAGAUGGCCAACACAAGGACGAAUCGGGUGCCAACCCAAACGAGUCGUCAGGUGAAAAGAGUGGGUCCCAGGAACAGAAGGACGAAUUGUAG